AGUUCGUGUAAACCAGUCAGGCCAACCAAGUUGUGUGAUCCCAUUCCAUCCAUUCCAUUGUUGUUUUGGGACAGGGGAGAGGACGAGCAGUUUUAAUAAGACUCUUCUGCAUUCAGCUUAUUAUUAUCAUCCUCUUCUGACUUAUUCGAAAUUCAUUCUCUGUCUGCGUAUCAUCACAAAGCAUCAUCAUCAUCCUCCGUGAUUUUUACUUUGUACCUGAAAUACAUCCCUUUAAUACGACUGGUUGAGUUUAUAAGUAAACUGGUCUUUCUUCUUGUGUGUGUGUAAUACUCGAACUCAGUGGUUGUGGUCCGUUUCACUAAAAGUUGGAUCUCAUUUAAUCAAGUGUUUUUGCGAGGAAAGUAUUUUCUACGAAAAGAGAGUAGAAGAGAUCGAGCCGAGCUCAUUUUUUGGUUAGUUUUAUGCCGUGUCGGUACUAAAGAAGGAGAAGUUGUGCUACUGGAACUGACAAAAAAAAGCAGGGAUAUCAGAUCAUAAGAAGCAGAAAAAGUUGGCAGUUUUGAUAAAUUGUUUGGUAAAAGGGAAACUACACAUCAUGACGAUGGCGUCGUCUCAAGGUUUCAGAACAGCGCUUUUAGUCCUCUGUGUAAUUGGCAGUUUCACGACAAUGGCAAACGAAAGUGAAACUGCGCUCAAGGCUGUUGCAAAAUCCAACACGGAAUUUACCUCUUCGCUUUACAACGCGUUAACCCAAGUCGUGGACGGGAAUUUGAUCUUCUCUCCCUACAGCUUGUCCGCUGUAAUGGCGAUGGUUAAAGCUGGAGCCAAGGGGCGUACGGCUAAUGAUAUCCAAACGGCCAUGAAAUAUCCUACCGACGAUAACACUUUGUUCAAGGGGUACAAGGCUUUACUGGAGUCGUUGAAGAGUGAUGGACAAAACUUUACAUUGGAAACGGUCAACAGAGUAUAUGCCAAGACUGGAUUUAAGCUACAGAGCAGAUUUACCAGUAUUGUGGAGGAAAAUUUUGGGGCGAAGAUUGAGCAAUUGGAUUUCACAAAGUCUUCACAAGCCGCUUCUACCAUUAAUGACUUUGUAGCUCGGACGACUCAUGAUAAGAUUAAGGACCUUAUUUCCCCCGGAGAUUUGGACAGCCUAACGAGACUCGUUUUGGUUAAUGCCAUCUACUUUAAGGGACUUUGGAAAAAUCAGUUCAACAAGCAACUUACCAAGGAGGCUGAUUUCCACUUGAACAAGAAUGACACGGUGAAAGUACAAAUGAUGAAGAUUGAGGCUGACUUUCCAUACGGAGAAAUUGAAGAGUUGAACGCUAAAGCUAUUGCUCUUCCUUAUCAGGGUGAUCGAUUAAGUAUGAUCAUUUUGUUGCCGAAUGAAAUUGAAGGUUUGAAAGAUAUGGAGGAAAAACUAAAGAAUUUCUCCCUUGCCUCGAUCCCAUCUCGUUUGAGGGAACGCAAGAUUAAUUUGUCCAUGCCAAAGUUCACUCUUGAGUCCACUAUCGAUCUGAAAGGUCCUUUGACCGCGAUUGGAGCAGGUUCAAUUUUUGAUGAGACCAAGGCUGACUUCUCCGGUAUUCCUGAAGACAAGUCUGAACAACUCUAUGUUUCCAAAGCUGUACAAAAGGCAUUCAUUGAAGUUAAUGAGGAAGGUAGCGAGGCUGCUGCAGCAACCGCAUUCCAAAUUACGGCACGAUCUGGACUAGACUGGAAUGAACUCGUCGAGCUACACAGUCCAUUUUUAGCCAUGAUUGUCCAUCACCAACCCAUUGACGACCAUCACUUUCAUCGCAAUCAUGACCAACACGAUGACGACAGUCCUACGACAAUUUUGUUUCAUACGACCGUCACCAAUCCCGUGGUGACAUCGACCAUGGUAAAGGCAAGUUUGUGGGCUAGUUCUUCCUCCUCCGUGGUCCCGUCAUUCAUCGUUUGGCUGGUAGUGUCACUUUUUGCGGUGAAGCAGUUAGUCCUUUGGUAGACGGAGAGAAAGAAAUAUAAUGCUUGUACUACUUUUACUGAUGUAUUUGCUGCAAAUUAGAAUCUUAAUAAGUUACCAUCUAAAAAUUACUUAUUGUUACUACUUGUAAAGUAUUAUCUUUAUCAUUUAUAUUAGUAUUAUUAUUAUUGUUUUACGUGAGACAAUCACAUCCAUGACCAAUGCAACUAUAUUUGCUGAUCUUGUUUUUGUUUGGUGGAUUUUUUUCAACGUUUUGUAGUAACUCGUUCAGGAAGAAAGUUAACUUUGCGUGUCCACAACUUUCUCCGGCUCUCAAUUGACCACCCCUUCACAGCUUUAAUCUCUUUUUACGAAGUAAUGUUGAAUAGUAGUCAACAUGCAAAUGAACAUUCUGGCGUACAAUUAUUCACUGCAAGGGUAGACUUUAGACAAAAUAGUGCCAAAACGAUUAAUUAAUUAAUUAUUAAAGUUGGAAAUUUUACUGCAAUGAAGCGAACAAAAUUGAGUGAAAUUGAGUAUUGUUAUGAAGAAACUAAAAAAAUCCUUUUAGACGAUAUGAAUGAGAGUUUGAUUAUUGAGUCUGAUUUUGAUCUGAUUUAUGUAUUUACAAGUAAUUUAGUUUCUUUAGUCUGUCAAAUUUUUUUAUGGGCUUUAUCGAAUAAAGUGUAUGAUUUUCUUGAAGCUUUAAA